UUGUGGUCGCCCUGCGGUGACCCAUAAGCUGUCAUGGCAUCCUUCGGAGGCACCGAAGCAAGCGGAGCCUCUUUGCGCUAGACAGACGAAAGCCCGGCCACCGGACGUUGGAACCUCUCUCUCUCAGUCUCUCUCUCACCUCUCGCCUGCCUUUGCAGAAGCACACCCCCGUUUACAACCAAACAAACAUUUGCAUUUCGCGCAUUCGGGGAACCAACCUCCCCAGUUGUCAAGGUACCCGUGAACCGCUGGCCCCAUCUCUCUGGAUCGAAAAAGAAGUCUUGGCCUACGGUGCCUUGUCACUAACAAGUGUAGUAGAACCCGCCACGCCACGCAAGCGCCACCCCCAUUUCGAGCCACAGUUCUCCAAUUGGCGUGUCUCGUAAUCCGUGCGUUUCUUAGCCGCAGACGACAUACCAUCAACGCUACUGUCUGUACGGAGUACCUUACACUUUACCCUGCGUUCAGAAGGUACACCCGGGUUUGCUUGUUCAAGAUCCCCAAAUCGACAAGAGAAACAACAAGACUAUUCUGCGAGGCAACGUCAGACCGCUCCCCCCCUCGCCCCUCUCCCUCGAUUAUUGACAGGUUCGGACAAUAAUACCUACCGCCCACACACACAAUCACACACCCCUCACCGUGACCGAGCCAUGGAGAGCGCCAUUGAUCACGAUGUAGUUGUGGUGGAUGAGUUUGAUGCUCUGUCCAUUGAGGUCAAGACGUCGGCUGAGCCGGUUGAGUCGGUUGUGUCGGUUGCGCCUAUACCGACCAAGUUUCCCGCUAAACUUCACGCCCGCAAGGUCGCCGCGGAGCUCAACGCCAGCGAUGGCCUCGUUUUCCUGCCCGGUGAACCGAGCCGCAGCUAUGAGGACUCGGACAUGGGUCCGACCUUUCGCCAGCGGCGAUACUUCUACUACCUGAGCGGCGCCAACUUUGCCGACUGCGCCGUGACCUACGAGCUGGCGUCGGACCGCCUGAUUCUUUGGAUCCCCUAUGUCGAGCCGCGCCAGGUCCUCUGGUUCGGCUCGACACCGGGUAUUUCGGAAUGCCUCAAGCAGCUCGACGUCGACGACGUGCGCUACACGACGCAGCUCAACAAGUUUCUGUACCGCCACCUGACGCCCGGUUCGACGCUCUUCGUCCUCCACGCCGACCAGGUGCCGCCGCUGCUGCACGGCGACCUGCUCCAGACGGCCGCCGAGGUGCGCGUCGACACCACCUCGCUGCAGCCGGCUGCGGACCAGGCCCGCGUCGUCAAGACGGAGUACGAGGUCGCCAUGAUCCGCAAAGCCGCGGCCGUGUCGGCAGCGGCCCACCGCAAAGUCGCCGAGAGGCUGCUGAAGCUGGGCAACGAGAGCGAGAUUGAGGCCAUUUUCCAGGCGUGGUGCACCACCGAGGGCGCCCGGGAGCAGUCGUACGCCAUCAUUGCCGGCAGCGGCAAGAACGCGAGCACGCUGCACUACGACGCCAACGACGAGCCGCUCGAGGGCCGCGAGGUCGUCGUGUUCGACGCCGGCUGCGAGUGGCACUGCUACGCGAGCGACAUCACCCGCACGCUGCCCAUCUCCGGCCGCUUCUCGACCGAGAGCCGGGCCGUGUACGACGUCGUGGCGAGGAUGCAGGACGAGUGCAUCGCGCGCAUCCGUCCCGGCACGCUGUUUUUCGACCUGCACGUCCACGCGAGCCGGGUCGCGCAGGAAGGCCUGCUGAAGCUGGGCGUCCUCCGAGGAGACCCGACCGAGGUGUGGGAUGCGGGCACCGUCGCGGCCUUCUUCCCGCACGGGCUGGGACACCACGUCGGGCUGGAGGUGCACGACGUCUCUGGGCGCGAGAGGCUGCUGCUGCUGAACAAGGGGACGGGCGGGCGGGUCGGGAGGGAGGUCAUCACGCCCGAGAUGAUGAGUGCCAUGGCGCAGGCGGGCGUCGGUGCCGGUGUUGGCGGUGCUGCUGCUGCUGCUUCGGUGCCGCCGCCGUACCGGGGACGGCAGUACCUGCGCAAGAACAUGAUUGUAACGGUGGAGCCUGGGAUCUACUUUUGCAGAGAGUACAUUGAGGGCUACUUCCUCAGCAACCCGCGCCACGCGCGCUUCAUCAACAAGGCGGUGCUGGAGCGGUACUACCGCGUCGGCGGCGUGCGUAUCGAGGACGACAUUUUGGUCACGGACGACGGGUACGAGAAUUUGUCUACGGGGGCGCCCAAGGGGGAGGAGCUGUUGCGGGUCAUCAACGGUAAGGCGUGAGAUGUCUUUUUGGGGUGUGAGAGGUGAUGAUGAUGACGGUGAUGCGACGGUGAUGAAUGUUUGGUGAGCGAGGUGGUUUUGAUUAGUUUUGCUGGGAGCGUGGAAAUAGCUUCUUUUGUAGAUAGAGAUAGUAAUGUGUAUAUGCGCGACGGUGUUGUCGUGUAAAUCUGUCCGGUUCCUUGGUGGGAGCUGGGUAUUACUGCUAUCAUUAAGCUUGUCAGGGUUCGCGGGCUCAAUGAAAAGG